GGAAAUUUGUUUUUCCUGACGAUAAUAGGAAGUAGCCCUCAGAAACACGGUGAGGUGUAAGUAGGUGUAAUGGCAGAUUUGUCGUUGUAUUUGGCGAAUGUCAAUGUUACAUUGGGACAAACUAUGGAAACUGAAAAGAGUACAGGAGGGGAAGCAGAAUUUGAUACUGUGGAGAUGGGGGACCCAGUGGGAACGCCAGGGAAGGUGAAGGUUCCUCGCAGAACCAUUUACUUUGCCAAUGGAGAGACCAUGGAGGAGUACAGCACUGAUGAAGAGGAGGAAGAGGAGCAGACUGCAAAGAAAGAAGUUAUUUCUGUAGAUCCGUCCAAACUGACCUGGGGUCCUUACUUCUGGUUCCAAAUGUGGAGGAUGGCCACCUCCACUGUAUCAGUAUGUGACUACAUGGGAGAGAAACUGGCCUCUCUCUUUGGCAUCACUACACCUAAGUACCAGUAUGCCAUAGAUGAGUACUACCGUAUAAAGAAAGAGGAGGAGGAAGAGGAGGAGGAGGAUCGUCUGGCAGAGGAGGCGGAGCAUCGGUUUGGGGAGCAACAGAGAGGCAAGCGGGGCGAUCCCACAGCUCCUCGUCUGGCUACGGUGGAGCAGCCUGAGGUGUCUCCGGCCUCCUUUGUUAACAUCAGCUUCGAGCUCGAGCCUGAGCCUCCUCUCAGCAACCAAGACCCCAACAGAGUCCCGUCUCCUCUCCCCUCCUGAAGAGUGACGGUGGCAGACAGAAACCUCCAAAACACACACACACUUCUGUUAGCUGACAACCCGUUAAUCUACCCAGCUAUGUAAACUAAUAGUUUUGUUAUUUUUUUUACAUUUUUUUUUAUUUUAUAAAGGAAGAUCUUGGAGUGCAGGGAAACAUAAAAAGGGCUGGAGGUGGCUGCACUAGCCUGACCUGUGAAUGUAUAUCUGUGUAUGGCAGGGACUGAUAUAUGUACUUAGGCUGUUAAACAGGGUCUAGGUUCAGCUCACUUUAAAAUGAUGAAGUAGAUCCUCGAGGCAACAGUCAAUUAUUAAUUACAGACUGGUGUGAAAAUCCAUCCAGAACUGGACAGAAAUAAGAGAGAGAGUUGGUCCUACCCCCUCUGCUAAACAGAAACAUGUUAUGUUAUAGUUGUUGCCUCACUGAUAUGCCAAUGAAGAGAUUGAGUAGUUUUGCACUCUUAUCCAGUUCAGCCUGUCUUUGCUGCACUGUCAUCUCUGGACAGGCUUCAGAAAAAGCCUUAACAUGUUUAUAGAAGACAAACCGAUAGACCUUAUAUAUUAACUUAUAUAUUCUUAUAGGACUGUGUAUUAAUAUUUUGGGUUUUCAAGGUUAAAAGUAGUUACAAAAUGAAGACUAAAGCGUUUCAGUACAUGUUAUAUAGUCUGUUAAUCAGUCUCUUAGAUGUUUAUGAGUGAAUCGUGACCCUUCACCUUUGCAUGCUUACCUCAUUCAUACUUGAUCUUUCCUGACGCGGUGUUUUGAUUCAUAAAAGAUGCUCGGUGUAAAAAUAAAAAACGUCAAAUUUAUGCACAUAGCUCUGUUUACACACCUGUGUUGUUUUGGUGUGAGAUGCCCAAUUUUCGAGGUUUCUGGUGCAAAGAUGUCUGUCUCUCUGACGUUACUGCCGAACCGCCAACCAUAACUCUCUAGUUACCCAUGAUCAGAGGCUCAAGAUAGCGUGAGAUGUAAAUGCUCUCAGCUGAGCAGUACCAAGCUGGCUGAGCUCAGCUGCACUGUUAUUUUCACUGGCGAAUGUAGAAAGUACAAAGAAAAAGAGUUCCUAAAUGAAACAGCUUGCAUUUCAUCCUGGGUUUUUAAUGUUUUUGUGAUUUGAUCACCAUGAAAGGAGCGUCGUUUUAGUUCUUUAUAUAAAAGAGAAGGAAGACAUUUCUACAGUCUUAAACAGAGCAAUUUGUAAAAAGCCAGACAGAUCAGAGGAGUAAUCCAAAUGAUUUGGGGGUAAACUGGCCCUUUAAGGAGGCACCUGCGCUGUUCACAUAUAGGCAGCCAGACAGAUUAUGGACCCAAAUGGAAAAACCCAAAUCAGGUCAUCAUGGGCAAAAACGUUUUUUGAAAGUGGAAUUUUCAAUGUCUUAGAGUAAAACAGAUAUAUUUUCUUCUUCUCAUCUGUCUAACAAUGCCUCAUUUUGGAUCCCGCCAAUUACUUCCUUGCAUCUUUUCUUUAGUCAUUGUUGUCACAUUGUUCAUGAAACUCAUGCACCACAGGCUUGGAGGUGUGUGCUAAAGACAACGAAGAUUUAAAUGCCUAAAAGCUAAAUUAAAAAAGAAUCAGGUCCCAGCUAUGAACAAAUCGUCCUCCUGCGUGGACCUAACCAAUUUCUUUCAUCCAAAAAUCUUUACUACUUACAAGUGUUUUAAUAUAUUUAAGCGCUCCAUCGUCCACAAUGUUUCACCUCUGGCCUCCAUAACUGUGAUGUUUAGUUAUUUAUUGACCUGAUGAACAUUUAUUAAUUUCUGAACAGCUUGUUUGAGUGUUACAUUUCCACACGCCCUAAUGUUUCAUUCAUUAUUUCUGUGCCACUUAAAGAUGAAGUCAGCUGCUUCCCUUUCUUGAGAUGUCAUAGUAAUCAGCUGCGUUUCUAUUUUGAUGUUAUUUACAGCCUCUUUACAUAAAAUCUAAAACCUUCCGACAGUUAAAUCUGACUUAAGCGCUAACUGAUGCUCUACGCUGGUGUGAACAGUGGCUCGUGUAUACUUCAAUCUUUGAAUGUCCUUGCUUGUGCCAGUCUAAGCCUCUUAGAAAUUGUUUUAAUCUUCUCUUUGGCUGUGACGUGUGAUGGCAGGCUUCAGAUCUCAGCUUGCAGAGUAGCAGCGCUUAUAGUCAGAAUCGGUCCACAAGCAGACUCCAAUGAAAUGCCAGCGUAUCAUAGCAAAAGAUCUGUACACUUUGCAGUUAAAUGUCUUUCACCAAGUAUAAAUUAUGUUUUUUCUCUAUGUAAAGCAGGCUAACAUAUGCAAAAUAUUUUCUGAUUUAAAGUGAAGCUUUUAAUGAAUCUUUAUAUUUCUAUAUUCUGUGUGUAAAUAAAAUCUUUAAAUAAUCAAAA